UGUAAUUGUCUUCUCAGGUGUUUCUCCUCGAGUCUCUCUGAUCAUCAGUCCCAACAGAACUCAACACUUCACAUCUGUCUCUCUCUCUCUGAGCUGUGAGGACCAGAGUAACUCUGAUAGAUGGAGAGUGAGAAGAUACACAGAGAGUGGACAGUGGGAAGAUUGUUCAUCAUCAUUGUGGGGAUCACAAACAGGAUCUACCUGUACAAUCAACUCCACCAUCACAUCAGACACUGGAGUGUACUGGUGUCAGUCUGAAUCUGGAGAGAAAUAUCAUCCUGUUAAUAUCACUGUACACUCUGGUGUGACUCUGGAGAGUCCUGUUCAUCCUGUGAUUGAAGAAGAUACUCUGACUCUACGCUGUUUAUAUCAACAUUCAACUCCACCAAACCUCAGAGCUGAUUUCUAUAAAGAUGCAUCACUCAUCCAGAAUAAAACUACAGAGAUGAUCAUCUCUACUGUCUCAAAGUCACAUGAGGGUUUCUACUACUGCAAACACUCAGAGAAAGGAGAGUCACCCAAGAGCUGGAUCUCAGUCAGAGAAAGACCAAAAGCCAAAGUGAGCAUUAAACCUGAUCAUCAUGUAUUCAGAGGAGAGACAGUCACUCUCAGAUGUGACAUUGAUGGUGAAGGAGUCACUAGCUGGCAGUACAGCUGGUAUAAAGAUGAUUCAAACAGUGUUUUCAGUGAACUACAGGAACACACGUUCAGUCCUGUUACUGAGUCUGACACAGGUAAAUACUCCUGUAAUGGAGCAGAGAGAGGAGGAUCACGAACAUCAAACAUCAGUGAUACAGUUACACUGACAGUAUUAGACAGACUCCAUGCAGUUUUAAGUGUUUCUCCACAGAAGUGGUUGACUGAAGGAGAUCCAGUGACUCUGAUCUGUGAGGUUUAUGGCUCCUCUACAGACUGGACAUUCAGCUGGUUCACUCUAACUGCUUCAUCAGAAAGCAGCAAUCAUUAUCAGAUGCUCUCAGACAGCAGCAGAGGAGCUGGAGGAAACUACACUGUCAGUUCUGCUGCUCUAAAACACACAGGAGUUUAUGUGUGCAGAGCCGAGAGAGGAAAACCAGCAUAUAAAACAACCUACAGCAACACACAGCCAGUAUGGGUCACUGGUGUUUCUCCUCGAGUCUCUCUGAUCAUCAGUCCCGGCAGAACUCAACACUUCACAUCUCUCUGUCUCUCUCUGAGCUGUGAGGACCAGAGUAACUCUGAUAGAUGGAGAGUGAGAAGAUACACAGAGAGUGGACAGCUGGAAGAUUGUUCAUCAUUACACCAGGCUGCACAAACAGGAUCUACCUGUACAAUCAGUUCCACCAGCACAUCAGACAUUGGAGUGUACUGGUGUCAGUCUCAAUCUGGAGAGAAAUAUCAUCCUGUUAAUAUCACUGUACACUCUGGUGUGAUUCUGGAGAGUCCUGUUCAUCCUGUGAUUGAAGGAGAUACUCUGACUCUACGCUGUUUAUAUCAACAUUCAACUCCAUCAAACCCCAGAGCUGAUUUCUAUAAAGAUGGAUCACUCAUCCAGAAUCAAACUACAGAGAUGAUCAUCUCUACUGUCUCAAAGUCACAUGAGGGUUUCUACUACUGCAAACACUCAGAGAGAGGAGAGUCACCCAAGAGCUGGAUGUCAGUCAGAGAUUUUACCGCACCAACUCUGACUGUGCUGCCACAGAGUUCAUUGUUCACUGGAGACUCAUUUACUCUGAAAUGUGAGGUGGAUCAGUCAUGGGAUGGAUGGGAGUUUCUAUGGAGUAAAAACUCAAACACUGAAUCUACUGAAGUUUCAAAUAAAAAAAUAUAUUCAGUGAAAGUCUCUGAUGGAGGAGAGUACAGGUGCAGAGCACGAAGAGGAAGAAAUUAUACAAAUUACAGUGAACCAGUAACAGUUACAAUAUAUGGCAAACCAAAACCAAAAGUGAGCAUUAAACCUGCUCAACAUGUAUUCAGAGGAGAGAUAGUCACUCUCAGAUGUGACAUUGAUGGUGAAGGAGUCACUAGCUGGCAGUACAGCUGGUAUAAAGAUGAUUCAAACAGUGUUUUCAGUGAACUACAGGAACACACAUUCAGUCCUGUUACUGAGUCUGAUGCAGGUAAAUACUCCUGUUAUGGAGCAGAGAGAGGAGGAUCACGAACAUCAAACAUCAGUGAUGAAGUUACACUGACAGUAUCAGAUAGAGUCCAGGCAGUUUUAAGUGUUUCUCCACAGAAGUGGUUGACUGAAGGAGAUCCAGUGACUCUGAUCUGUGAGGUUUAUGGCUCCUCUACAGAAUGGACAUUCAGCUGGUUCUCUGUAACUGCUUCACCUGACAACAAACAUCUUUAUCAGCUGCUCUCAGACAGCAGCAGAGGAGCUGGAGGAAACUACACUGUCAGUUCUGCUGCUCUAAAACACACAGGAGUUUAUGUGUGCAGAGCAGAGAGAGGAGAACCAGCAUAUAACACAACCUACAGCAACACACAGGAAGUAUGGGUCACUGGUGUUUCUCCUCGAGUAUCUCUGAUCAUCAGUCCCAACAGAACUCAACACUUCACAUCUGUCUCUCUCUCUCUGAGCUGUGAGGACCAGAGUAACUCUGAUAGAUGGAGAGUGAGAAGAUACACACAAAGUUGGGGGGUGGAAGAUUCUUCAUCAUUAUGCUGGGCAUCACAAACAGGUUCUACAUGUACAAUCAAUUCAACCAACACAUCAGACACUGGAGUGUACUGGUGUCAGUCUGAAUCUGGAGAGAAAUAUCAUCCUGUUAAUAUCACUGUACACUCUGGUGUGAUUCUGGAGAGUCCUGUUCAUCCUGUGACUGAAGGAGAUACUCUGACUCUACGCUGUUUAUAUCAACAUUCAACUCCACCAAACCUCAGAGCUGAUUUCUAUAAAGAUGGAUCACUCAUCCAGAAUCAAACUACAGAGAUGAUCAUCUCUACUGUCUCAAAGUCACAUGAGGGUUUCUACUACUGCAAACACUCAGAGAGAGGAGAGUCACCCAAGAGCUGGAUCUCAGUCAUAGAAACACCAAAAGCCAAAGUGAACAUUAAACCUGCUCAAUAUGUAUUCAGAGGAGAGACAGUUACUCUCAGAUGUGACAUUGAUGGUGAAGGAGUCACUAGCUGGCUGUAUGUCUUGCAGAAAUACGGUGCAUUCUACAGCUCCAGUGAACUACAGGAACACACAUUCAGUUCUGUUACUGAGUCUGACGCAGGUAAAUACUACUGUUAUGGAGCAGAGAGAGGAGGAUCACGAACAUCAAACAUCAGUGAUGAAGUUACACUGACAGUAUCAGAUAGAGCCCAGGCAGGUUUAAGUAUUUCUCCACAGAAGUGGUUGACUGAAGGAGAUUCAGUGACUCUGAUCUGUGAGGUUUAUGGCUCCUCUACAGACUGGACAUUCAGCUGGUUCUCUGUAACUGUUUCAUCAUACAACAGAUAUAAUUUUCAGCUGCUCUCAGACAGCAGCAGAGGAGCUGGAGGAAACUACACUGUCAGUUCUGCUGCUCUAAAACACACAGGAGUUUAUGUGUGCAGAGCAGAGAGAGGAGAACCAGCAUAUAACACAACCUACAGCAACACACAGCCAGUAUGGGUCACUGGUAUUUCUCCUCGAGGCUCUCUGAUCAUCAGUCCCGGUAGAAAUCAACACUUCACAUUUAUCUCUUUCUCUCUGAGCUGUGAGGACCAGAGUAACUCUGAUAGAUGGAGAGUGAGAAGAUACACAGAGAGUAAACAGCUGGAAGAUUGUUCAUCAUCACUGUGGGGAUCACAAACAGCUACAUGUACAAUCAACUCCACCAUCACAUCAGACACUGGAGUGUACUGGUGUCAGUCUGAAUCUGGAGAGAAAUAUCACCCUGUUAAUAUCACUGUACACUCUGGUGUGAUUCUGGAGAGUCCUGUUCAUCCUUUGACUGAAGGAGAUACUCUGACUCUACACUGUUUAUAUCAACAUUCAACUCCACCAAACCUCAGAGCUGAUUUCUAUAAAGAUGGAUCACUCAUCCAGAAUCAAACUACAGAGAUGAUUAUCUCUACUGUCUCAAAGUCACAUGAGGGUUUCUACUACUGCAAACACUCAGAGAGAGGAGAGUCACCCAAGAGCUGGAUCUCAGUCAGAGAUGGUGUGAUUCUGGAGAGUCCUGUUCAUCCUGUGACUGAAGGAGAUACUCUGACUCUACGCUGUUUAUAUCAACAUUCAACUCCACCAAACCUCAGAGCUGAUUUCUAUAAAGAUGGAUCACUCAUCCAGAGUCAAACUACAGAGAUGAUCAUCUCUACUGUCUCAAAGUCACAUGAGGGUUUCUACUACUGCAAACACUCAGAGAGAGGAGAGUCACCCAAGAGCUGGAUCUCAGUCAGAGAUGGUGUGAUUCUGGAGAGUCCUGUUCAUCCUGUGACUGAAGGAGAUACUCUGACUCUACACUGUUUAUAUCAACAAUCAACUCCACCAAACCCCAGAGCUGAUUUCUAUAAAGAUGGAUCACUCAUCCAGAAUCAAACUACAGAGAUGAUCAUCUCUACUGUCUCAAAGUCACAUGAGGGUUUCUACUACUGCAAACACUCAGAGAGAGGAGAGUCACCCAAGAGCUGGAUCUCAGUCAGAGCUUCCUCCAGAACAUCAAGAUCUGAAGGGUUCAGUCUCGUCAUAAUUGGAGUGACUGCAGGACUGACCAUCUCAAUUGUGAUCAUUGUCUUCUUGGUCCUUCUGUGGCGCUACAGAAACAAAGGUGUAAGAUCUCAGUCUCCCUCUAGUGUCAGUCAACAGAAGAACUGCAGUCAGACAUCAGAGCAGAACCAGAGUGACCCGGGAAACAACACACUGCUGUCUGACCAUGUAAAUCAACCUAUAGAACACAUCUAUACUGAGAUUGAGCUCAAAUCUCCAAGUCUUUUAGUGAAAACCAGUGAAAGUUCUGACACGGUUUACUCUAAACUGACCCUGGUGACCCAUCAAGCUGCUGGAUCUAAUGAUCUAAUGGAUGCUCAGGUUAAAUAACUGGCCGAAGGUGAAAAUUUUAAUCUCAGGACGCUGAUGAGUUUAGGUCAAGAAGGGCUGGAGAAUGACCAGGAUCAUCAAGGGUUGUGUUUUAUGAUACUGAGCACUUGAUGGUGUUCAUAUCAGUACUUAAUGUUAUGAUGCAAGCAUUGACAUGCUUCAGUGACUAUGCAUGCUAAUCAGUGAGCUGAUUGUACAUUAUUAAAAAAUAAAUAAUAAAAAAUAAAUAGAGAGAGGGAUAGAGAGAUUUUAGAGCAGCAAAUCAGUUUAUUACUAUGAUUUCUGAAGGAUCAGAAAGGUAAUGCCAAAAUUCAACUUUGUCAUUAGAGGUUAUUAAAAAAAGAGAACAGUUAUUGUAAAUUGUAUUAAUAAUUCACAAUAUUACUGAUUUUACUGUAUUUUUGAUCAGAUAAGAGAUUGUUUGCAUUUGUAUAUAUGUGACACGGAAACCAGUGACACAAGUCAGCAGCACAACUUUCAAGCAAAAUAGGAAAGAAGCGUUUUACGUUUUUUUGCAGAAUCUUUUAGUUGAGAUCACGAAGAAGCCUCUUCAUGUUUGAGAUAGAUUAGUGAGAUAGAUUAGUGAUUAGAUUAUGAGACUAGCAGUAUUGGUAUAUUUAAAAGCAUACAUUUUGAGGUUGAAAUCGGUUUGUUUUUCAGAGAAACUAGAGCGCGCGGUAGUGGCGUGUCAUUGUCUGUUGAUUUCCAUACUAGAUAAGCCGACUGUUGUUUCUUUUGUUAUUGCCUCCGCCCUCCAAGGGAAGCGUGACUACUUACUGGCUAUUUGCUACAUGAGGAGAAAAGUAGAAAGAGGCUUUCUCCAGACAUUAUGUACAACAUAAGGCUGGAUUAUUUAGCUGCACCUGCGGAAAAAGAGUGGCAGGACCUGCGAAUUACUGGACAUUUGGAGUCAAACAGACGCACAGUGCAAACUUCGGAG